GAAAGCAUGAAGUUGUACUCUGUCGAAGAAAACCACCACAACAUUGUAAGUUAUCCGCUACGAUAAAAAAAAUGGAGCAGUCUUUGUUGGCCCUGCUAAUUCUGUCGAUGGCGAUUACAAGCUUUGGAAUUAAAGUGGAUUUUAAAAAGGAAUGGAAAUAUGUUGAUUUUGAAUGGGACAGUCCGGAGCAGAAAAUAGACGCAAUAAAUUCUGGCCGUUACGAUCCAACCAAAUGCCUGUUAUACGAUGUGGACAAAGCAAGAGAUGGUAGAUUAUUCGUUACUGCGCCGAGAGAAAUGGGCCCUGAUUCACCUGCUACUUUGGCGACAGUAACUAAUCAGAUAGGACCAGGAGGUCCAAUUUUACGUCCGUAUCCAGAUUGGAGUUUCCAUGAUAGUAGCUGUGAACCCAAUACUAUUGUAAACGUUAAUCGAGUGUAUAUUCAAUGCAAUCACAUUUUUGUUCUGGAUAACGGCAAAAUCGGGCCCAAACAAGUUUGCAAUCCAAAAGUAUUGAUCUUCGAUUUGAAAGAUGACACGCUAGUCAAAACUAUUAACAUCCCACUUCAUAUCGCCACUAACCGAAUGGGCUCUGGAUAUUUAGUAACGCCUGUUGUUUAUGUUCCCGGAAAAUGCAGUCGGUUACUGGACGAAGCGAUUAUAAUAAUGGCUGAAAUGCAAGGCUACGGUUUAGUGGUAUAUGACUCAUCUACAAAGCGUAUGUGCAGAAUCGAAGCUGAUAACAUGAAACCGACUGAUACAUUUUACAGUAUAAAUGGUUACAAUAUUACUUAUGUGGGUGGUCCCCUUGGUGUGACAAUCAUUGGCGAUGAACUUUAUUAUUCUUCUAUAUCGGGACAUGAAAUCUACAAGAUAAAAAUAAAGCAGGUCCUACAAUGUCCCAAUAAAGCAAAGGCUAAUAAACAAAUUAAACUCGCGCUUGAACUACCAAGCCAAGUAACAGCGUUGGCAUCAGUGAAAGAGACAAUAUUUUACCACCUUAUUAAUAACGUGUCUAUUGCAGGCACGAACUUUUGUAAAAAAUGUAAUAAAAAGACGGUCGAAAUCAUCCGAAGCCCUGAAAAAUUGCAAUCUACAACUGGGCUAAAAUAUUCACCUAUUCGGGAUCAGCUAUUAGGUCUGGCCGAUAAUUUUCAACGUUUUGUUCUUGGAAAUGUGAAUAUCAACGAAAUAAACGCUCACUAUUUCGAAAUAGAUGUAGCAGAAAUACGGGAGAAAACAGAUUUGUUUUCUCCAAGCCCCUAAGUCUUGAGAUCUCCAACAUUUUAACAUAAGUAUUUAACGAAUAUUUUAACACAUAUAUACGAUUUAAAUUUACAUGUAUAUAUUGUGUACAUGAUAUUUUAAAUUACAAAAGAUUGAUCUGUAAGAAAAUUUGAGAAUUUGUGAAUUAUACGUAAUCACAUAAUGCGUAUGCAUAAAUUUAAUUAAUUGACAUGUAAGUAAAUAAUAAAUAUUUUGAGAGUUUUGCAAAUAUAA